UUUUCGCUUUUGCCGUCUUCCUCCAUUGCCGAAAGGAAACAGUACCUUUCUCCUAUUGCUCUCUUUCUCGAUUCAGAAUCAGCAGUAGAGGGAAAGGUUUUACUUUUGCUAGGGUUUUCCUUUUCCAUUCCGUGUUCCAUACUCUUAUCACAGAGAUUCCUUUCUGCGUUUUUGUCUUUUUUCCCUCGGAUUCCGCUUGUCUCCUGAUUCGAUUCCAGUGAGUUUUUUUUAUUAAUCGCCCUGUUCGAUUAUCUUGGUUACCCCAAUUUCUUGGAAAUUUCACGUUAAUUCGUGAGUUUCCGAUCAUUUAAUUGGAUUCCCGAGGACCCAUUUGUUCAAUUUUGUUUUGGGUUUUCCGAUUUAUUCGAUCCGAUUCUAUUCCGGUGAUACCCGAUGAGGUUUUUUGGCAUUUCCCUUCUCUUUCCCUUGUUUUCUCUCGCGUUUUCUGACGACUCAUUCAGCUCUUACCUCUUGCCGCGGCCGUUGAUCCUUGAGUACCCGGCGAACAUCGAGACCCGGAUCAAGGAACUCGAUGACGAGACCAAUUUGCGUUGCACGAGCUGGAGAUUCGCGGCGGAGACGAACAAUCUGGCGCCGUGGAAAACCGUUCCGGCGGAAUGCGCCGAUUAUGUGAAGGAUUACGUGAUGGGUAGGGCUUACGUCAUCGACCUCGAGAGGGUAUCCGACGAGGCUGGGUUUUACGCAAGCAGCGUCGAUCUGAGCGGCGACGGGAAGGAUAUUUGGGUCUUCGAUAUCGAUGAGACCCUCUUGUCGAAUCUUCCAUAUUACAUCGAACACGGAUAUGGGAUGGAAGUUUUUGAUCAUUUGGAGUUUGAUAAGUGGGUGGAGAAGGGAGUUGCACCAGCCAUCGCACCAAGCUUGAAACUUUACCAAAAGGUUAUAGAUUUGGGGUACAAAGUUUUCUUGCUCACAGGACGCAGCGAAAGCCACCGGCUUGUCACUGUUGAGAACUUGAUAAAUGCCGGGUUUCAGAACUGGGACAAGCUUAUCUUGAGAUCUUCGGAAGAGAAAGGGAAAACCGCGACGGAGUACAAAUCGGAGAAGAGGGAAGAGAUGGUGAAAGAGGGAUACAGAAUCAGAGGCAACUCAGGUGAUCAGUGGAGUGAUUUGCUGGGUUCCUCCAUGUCUCAACGUUCCUUCAAACUUCCAAAUCCAAUGUAUUACAUCCCCUAAGCUAUUGUCUCAGGCGUAGAUAAAAACUUGCAGGGCAGUCGAGUGUGUUUUUUUGCAGUUCUGUUGCCUUGGAAUACAAGUAACGAUGAGUGCAAGUGAAUCUGUUCACAAGUCCUCAUCGUUCUGUGGAUGAUGACGAUUGAUUAUUUUAUUGGUGUGUGAUGAUGUUGAAUGUUUCAUACAUAA